UUGCUAAUCGGUAACCUCGCCAACAAGCGGGCUAGUAAUUUACAGAAGUGUUAGCGGGUUAGCAGUUAGCCUAGCAGGAGCCAUCUGCCUCGAGCUAACCGUUAGAAACAGUUGGCACGGUCAUUUCUGUGAUGAAGACUGUUAAACUGGGCGGGUUUCUUAUUUAAACUGCACAUCAUAACAAGCAGGGUGAUUUAUUCUUCGUUAUUCAUGUGCUGAUUAUGUGACCAUAUGCGUUAAUGGUAAUAAAUAACUUUCAUUCUCGUGACACUGUUGCUGUCGCUGUCACUCAUGGUUUGUCCUCCCCCGACACGCCAGCCAAUUGAAUCGCUCGGAACGUUUGAUUGACAGAACUCAGCAGCCAAUAGCAGCCCCACAACAAAUAUGAUGGCUCUCUUAGCGGUGUUCGACACAGCGGGCGUCUCUUUCCGGCGCAGUGUGCUGGGAUGCUGAUGCUGAGGAGCCUCGUUGAUCUGUAGCAUCAUUUGGUCUCAAUGUUUCUCGACAUGUUGUAUUGUCUGCGGUUGCAUCACUGUGUUGACCUCUGUCUGGGCGGCCUACUCUUGUUUUUAGCGGGGCUGCAGCAGGUGGAAGCAGCCGCCGCCGCGGAGAUGACCAACUUGAACUGGAAGCCGUUUAUCUACGGAGGCAUGGCCUCGAUUGUCGCAGAAUUCGGGACAUUUCCCAUUGACCUGACUAAGACUCGACUACAGGUCCAGGGUCAGUCCCAGUACACGGAGGUGCGCUACAGAGGCAUGUUUCACGCCCUCUUCAGGAUCGGCAAAGAGGAGGGCAUCCGAGCGCUAUACUCUGGGAUUUCUCCAGCUCUGCUGAGACAAGCUUCUUAUGGCACAAUCAAGAUAGGAACCUACAACUCUCUGAAGAGGCUGUUUGUCAGUCGACCAGAAGAUGAGACAAUGGUCCUCAAUGUCUUCUGUGGUGUCGUGUCUGGAGUCCUGUCCUCCUCUCUGGCCAACCCCACUGACGUCCUCAAGAUCAGAAUGCAGGCGCAGGGCAGUCUGCUCCAAGGCAGCAUGAUGUCCAACUUCAUCAACAUCUACCAGACAGAGGGAACCAGAGGCCUGUGGAGAGGUGUCAUUCCCACUGCGCAACGGGCAGCCAUUGUCGUCGGGGUGGAACUUCCUGUCUAUGACAUCACAAAAAAGCACCUGCUUCGCUCUGGCCUCAUGGGAGACACCAUUUUGGCUCAUUUCAUCUCCAGCUUCACGUGUGGCUUGGCGGGGGCGCUGGCCUCCAACCCUGUAGACGUGGUCCGGACUCGUAUGAUGAACCAGCGAGUUCUGUCGGGAAGCCCCAUGUACAAAGGGACUCUGGAUGGAGUGAUGCAGACAUGGAAGAACGAGGGCUUCUUCGCUCUCUAUAAGGGAUUCUGGCCGAACUGGCUGCGACUGGGGCCUUGGAACAUCAUUUUCUUCAUCACCUUCGAGCAGCUGAAGAAGCUCCCGUUUUAACACGAGCAGGGAGGUGGGACUUCGCCGGUCUGCAGACUGUGCCAGGGAUUAAUUGGAGUGUGAGCGCGGCAGCACCUGGAGUUUUGACACCAGUAUUUUCACCCCCCCCCCCCCCCCCCCCCCCCUCUGAAUCCAUAGAAAUGAUAUGCUCAUGCACAUGCUCAUCAAAAUCCAAUAAUGAUUUCUGCUUUUUAUUUGUGUUUUAUUUAUUUUCACUUAUUCUUUUAUUUCAUGCAGUUUUAAGGACUGUUGCUUUGAUGACUACUGUCGCCCUCAGCCACCUUUUGACACCCCUCCCCCCUCAGGCAGCUAAAUAUCUGCUUGUAGCUGAAGACUGAAAGUUUGGAAGACUAGGUUUAUUUCCGCGAGCUGUUGAGAAUCAUGGAGUUCACCACUGUGGAUUUGGUGAGUGGAACCUCGUGAGCUUUGGCGAUUGAAACGCAGAUCUGGAAAAACAUGACUGAGUAAAAGAAGAAAAGAAUACAAAAUUUAAAAAUGACUGAAUGUGUAGGAACCCUGUAUUUUUUAAGGGCGUAGGCAUGGCAUGAAAUGUGCAAGGAAGUCUAGACUUACCUGUUGAAUGUUGAGGAAUUGCAUGGAUGUUAAACUGACUGUUACGAGUAGUCACUGUCCUUCGAGAGAAUGCACAGAGUGGAGGAAAUACUGCUCAGUGGCACUCCAGAAGAAGAUAGGCUUUGUAUUGGAAAUGAUAUGCAGUGAUUAGAGGGUGUAACGAUUCUGAAACGCAGACCGAACCCACAAAAUAACCGUCCACAGCACAUUUAAACCACAAAAUUAUCCUGUUUAAAGUUAGGGCAGAACAUUACACCUACUUUAUUUUCUUCCAACAGUCUGUGUCGUGACUGUUUUGGUUAGCCUAGUUUAAUAAACUUAAAAUGACUAAUAAUCCUGAGAUUACAGAUCGAGGUCUGAACCAAAUCAUUACACCCCUGACCACAACAUAUUAUGAGCUUUGGUUUGGUGUCAAAAAAUGGGGUCGCAAAGCCUCUGAAAUUUGUGUAGUUUUAACUUUAUGUAGGUCAGUUACCAGAAAAUCACUCAACACAUGAACAUAAUCUGAAGCUUCUCUAUUUAUUGUUUAGUAUUUGUUCAGACAUUUUGAAAUAUAAACUCCAGACUUCUGUGAUCUUAAAGAGAACAAUCAGAAAUCUGAACCAAAGCCUCUAAUGAGAAAAGGGAGACAUGUUUAUGCUGUUUUUAUUCAUUCACAACCAAAUAAUAAUUUAUUUUAUAUUGUUAAAGAAACACAGACUCCAGAUUAAUCACUCCGAUUGAAGGUUUUAGUUUUUUUAUUUUUGCUGUAGAGAGUUAUUUUUUCAGUUUUGCCUCACCUCCAGUCAGCUGCAGUGUCUGGAGGUGACGAGUUGUGGUUUGCUGCCGUUUGUCUUUACCGACCCCACAAGACGACAAACCCGGUGCACGAUGUAAAUGGCUGUACAGACUCAUUCACACACACAGGUGGAUGUACUUAAUCUUCGGCAUGUUGAGGUGUACAUACGAUGCCUUGUUGCGCUAUCUUUACCAGUUGUGUGUCUCGUCUGAGGUGAGGUCAGUGGACCUCAUCCUUUCAUCCACCUUCAUCACCAGACUUUUUUUUAAUGUCAGUUGUUAUAUUUUUAGUAUUUUUUAUUUAUUUUAAAAGCUGAUGGGUUUUUUUUCUCAUGACAGCAGGGUUGUUUUUUUUUUAGUCAGUCGAAGGAUUCUCUUCCUGGCAGCCAUUUUGAUCAGACGAGUGUCUCGAAGUUUUCUUGAGAAGAGACAAGUCGUCUUUCUUCUGCUGUAACGGUGCAAACUUGGUGAAUCCUGUACUGUAACCGACGCACAAUGAAAACAGGCUGUAACUUCUACAUGUAAGCUGAUGCUGGUCGAUCCUUCAUAUCCCCUGGUCUGUGCUGCUGUUUGCUCGAAUUGUGAACCAGCCCGGCUGUUUCAUCCGUUCUUCUGUUUUAUCCUGCUUUUAUCUGCUGGCCUUUAACGUCACCUCAGAGAGUCAGAUUUCCAGGCAGUUAUUAGUUUCUUUUUGAGCUUUGUCAGCACUUUCACAGCCAGUUUUAAUUUGCUCUGUUUGUUUGUUUGUUUUUUUUUCAUUUUAAAGUGUACCUCAUCUUGUCAUUUUUCCAUGUCGUGCAGUUUGGGAUGCGGUUUCCAGUGCGUGUUGGAAAACGUCAGGUGUUCCCGGUGUGUUUCUGCCUUUCUCAUGAACUUGGUGUAAAGAUAAUUUAAUGCAGUCCUGGAGUCCUGGGAGACUCCCACUGUUACAGCCUUACACUUUACAAUGAUCACCUGUUAAUGUGAUAAUGUUGCUCCUCUGCCUGUUCUGAUGCCUCAUUAACAUACUGAGUUGAGGAGUUUUUUCAUUUGUUUGUGUUAUACAGUUCUCAUUAUUGAAGUUUUAAAACCCACUUCUGUUACCUCAGCAGUGGCCAUGCUUUCCUGAGCCAUUUAAACUGUCUGUGUUUCAUGUUGUCUCCAUCGUAUGACGUUUAAUCAGCUUGUGGAGUGACCACAUGUUAUCAGCUGGCCGGGGUUACUCGUAGGAACAGGUUCAGGACUCCGGAUUGGGGUCAGAGGUCAGGUGGAGAUGCAGCUAAGAUUUGUGUCAGGCUGUCAAAGAUGAUACAGAUUCAUUCAUUCAUUCCUUUGGUUUUGGUUUCCAUCCACACUGACGAUGCUUCACAGUCCUGAGAUUAAUCCACUUACCAUUUAUUUAACAGACCAAAAGAGAUGGAAGAAAAAGAACAUUUGCUGUUUUUCUGUUGUUUUUAGAUCCAAAGUAAUUAGCUGAGCAAUACGAACAGAACAUUAACUAGCUCCUGCUUCUCAUAUGUGAAAAUUUGUUGCUUUUAUUUGAUUUCUAUCAGAGAAAAUUAUUGAAUAUCUUAAUUUCAGACACAAUGAACUUGAAGCUCUCCUCUUUGGGUUCUUUGGGUUUGUUUCACAUUUCAUAGAUUAAAUAAUUGAUAAAUUAAAAAGCCAGUGUGGAUGGAAACCUCUCAGAAAACAGCACUUUCAGAUUUAUACAUAUUAGUGUGGUCAAUACAGUGUUCAUAUAAGUUGCAGUAGUAUCACAGCACGCAGUAAAUGUACAUUGGAAGGUGAAUUUCAUCAUUUUAAUUCAGUGAAAACUGAGUGAAUGGAACUAAAUUAACUGUGAGAUGAACAUUCUUAAGGUGGACUGACGAGAUGCAGCAGAUUCAGGCUGGUUUUAACAGCUGCUCCUUCGCACAGUGUUGUGAAUGUGAAACCUGGUCUGGUAAAUUAGAAGGCCAGCGCAGUGAGUGGCACCUUUUAAAAGAUCCAAAUUAAAGUCCUGUAGUUGUUGUUGAAUCAUUUUUUGGGAGAUUUUUAAAAUUGUUUUAAGCUUUUUAUUUUCUAAUUGUUUGAAAGAGUUCUGCUUUUAUGUUGAUGAGCGUGAUCUAUUUAUUCGACUCUGUGUUCAGUCAACCUGAAUACAGCUCAGCUGAUGCUGCUUUUCAUUCCUGCUUUGAUUCCUUUAAAAAGUAAUUAAUGCUGACACUGGCUUUGUCUUGUCUGUUUCAUUUUUGUAAACUGCUUUGUUUUGUUUUAAUUUGAACUGUUGCCAAGUGCUCUGACAACCCUUCACUUAUUUGCCUCAUGAUUCAUUCCCCUCAGCCGCCAUUUUGUGUUCAUGGCGAACAAAUUGAGGUGUGUAAGAAGUAAAGAAAUAAUCACAGCUUGUAACUCCCUCCUAAACCACAACUUCACCAGUUAUGCUUUUUCUCCCGGAGUGGAUUAAACAAACAAGCUACUGCAUAUGAAUUAGUGCGCUUUAGAGCUUCCCCUUUAUGCUAAGAGUGUUUCCCAAACUGUCGAAUAGUUCCAGUGAAAUAAAUCUGUGCAUCUUUGCAAAUUAUUUGGUAAAUGGUGCAAGUUUAGUGAGUUGAACUUGACCUGAAUAAUUUGUGAUUCACAGAUUGGAAGGAAUAGAGUUCAGAAAUAAUAUUUAAUUGAAGAGGGAACCUCUUGUGUGGCCUAAUUUUAGCAGAAACUUUGAGUGUAAACUGAUAUUUUCUUCGUCUCACACCAGCUGUGUGUAAAAUGAGUUGGCAGCUAAUUAAUAAUACUGGCUUAGAGCAUGGGAUUUGUUGUUCUGUGAUGUAGUGUUGACAGUCUUCCUCUCAGUGAGGUUUCUGUCUCGCUAUCCGUUUAUAAUACUGUACCUGCAUUCACAGUCUUCAUCAGUAGAUGGGAUUUUUCUCAGUUGAAAGCUCUGGAAAGUGGACCUUGAGUCAAGAUGAUUUUGGCAAAGUAUUAGCUUUGCUUAGAAGGAAGGAACUAAAAGGAAACAGAUCCAGAAAACUGCUCUGUGGCACUAAAGCAUGUUUUAAUAAUGUGUGUUUUUGUUUUCUCACUAGAUACACUGAUUGUGAUUAGGUAGUGCUUUGUGUUAAUGAGAGAGAGCUUGUGACUGGUAGAAAGAAGGAAGUCAGUAAAUAGUUAGAGAACCUCACCAGUGUGUGCCAUGUGAUUUGUUUUUUAAGGUUUCAUCUUUAAAUGCUUUAAAUCAGUGGAUUCCUCAGUUACUAUGGUGGUUUCUUUAAUUUGAUGCUUUUCUAUUGUUUUACCUCAAAAGUAGUUCAACAUUCGUCAGAUUUCUCACAACCUUAAAUAUUCAUUUUACCUUUCAGGCACCAUCUUUCUCCUUACAGUCUGUUUAUUUGUCUGUGACUGACUCAAAUCUGUCUGUUUUUGUGUUGUGUUUUCGUAACCAGAGCCACAUUUCCCUGUCUCAAGAUAUUCGCCAUAAAUUUAUUAUUGGAUUCCUAGCCAAGUCAGCAUCAUUCCUCCUGAUAAAACAACCUGAAAAAACCUGUAGAUUGAUUGAUUGAUUGAUUGAUUGUUGCAUCUGGACAUUUAUUUUAUCAGUUGAUAAAAUAAAUUUACUCCAAACUUCAUGUAGGUUUGUUUUUGUUGUCCCUUCUAUUAAGAUGCUGUUUCAGAGGCUUGAGUUCAGGCAAAAUGUUUCGUCAUUCUGAUUUUAAAAAUAAUUUAUAGUGUGGAAAUUAAGUGACAAAUCUGCAUCUGUGCAGCAGUCUGACAGGAUAGAAAAUCUAUAAAUAUUUUUGUAAAUUUUCUCCUCACUUCCACUGAUCACUUGCACUUUGGUGUCUGCUCAGCUUGUACUGUUACUGUCUAUAACCUUUUCCCUCGUUGACUCACUGAAUUUCUAUGGUGGAAGUGGAGAUCACUUUUUUAUUUUCUUUGACAAAAUGGGUUUGGCUUUAUAUAAAUUCAGUGUUCACUCAAAUAAAAUAUAUGCUGUGA